AUCAUUAAUAAUCAAGCGGCCCACCACUAGCCAAAGACUUGAAACUUAAAGAGAACAGACUUCAGGAUCAUUGCUGUCGAGAAAAAAGAAAAAAAAUACACAAAUUCUCUUCCGUCAUUAAGGUUCAACGUUAAGAUGACUCUGCACAGUAUGCCCUGGAGUAUCAAGCUGUGAACUUAUCGUCAUAGGAAACUACGUUGAACUUUUUUAAUGCUAUGGGUUCUAGUUCAUUUGGAUGGCGAGGAAGGGAAGAAAAUGAAGGGACAAGUAGAACCCUUUUCAUUUUUUUGUUCGUUUAAAAAGUGAAGAAGGAAAGAUAGUAGAGAAAGGGAGUUUUCUCAUUUUGACCUAUUAAUUUAUCUUAUUAUUCCCUUCUUAUGUCCCGCUUUAUACCUUUACCUAGCCUAUUCCUCCCUAGUUUCCGUAGACGGGUUGUGAUCUAUUUUCUUACCUCUUCUAGUUUCAUAAUUCUUUGGUAUGUGAAGGCUGGCUAUAACUUGUCCAAGAUUGACUGAAGCUGAGCUGAAAUAUAUUUAGUCCACCUAUAGAUAUGCCAAAAAGAAUGAGGGCGAUUAUGUUACAUGCUAUGUCCUGGGAAUGUAAAAGGGCUACCCCUUGUGAGUUAGCUGCCUGUUCGGAGAAUACUGAUCAUAUAAUGGGAGUGUUUGGGGUUGUAAUGGUUUAAUAAAAACUACUAUUCUAGUCUUGCUAGUUACUUUAUUCUUUGUCAUAAAAAACUGGCAAUCUUGAUGCCUCAGAACCUAUCUUAUUGAUCCAAGAUGUAUUCUACUAGUGUAUUAUGCCCGAUGUCAUUUCUCUAAUAUAUGCUCUCUUCUAGAGAUGUUAGUUACUAACGGAGAUCUUAAAGCGCCUUUAACUGGUGUUAGCUGAGGGCACAAGUUUAGUAUUCAUAGGUGCUGCUUAUGAUGAUUGUUUUGCUGUAUUCUGUUUAGAACUCUGUAAUCGGGUUGACUGGUGUUCUAAAUUGAAGCGUGCAAGUAUAUAGUUUGCUUCCGUUUAUAUUCUCCGACUUUAGAGUUUAGACCAUCUUUUUCCUUUGGUUUUGUUUUUUUACAUUUGUUCAAUUUCAUCACAAACACAAAUUAUUUUAUCCUUCUUCAUUUAUGAAGUAAUUUUCACAUCUUUUCAGUUAGCAAACCGUUGUGAAGUCAUUCUUCGGCUUAAAGCCGCUGAUGGUCCUUGUAUUUCUUUCUUUAACGAUUUUCUUUGCAGUUUAUUCUUAUAAAGAACCUAGUGAUGAGGUAAUAUUUUGUCUUUGGGAAGACCAAAAGGCCAACAAGGCUAGAAUUCUUUUAGAGCUUUCUGAUUUCAGUGGAUUUACGUCAUGAGAGACUGGUCGCCAAGAGGUAAAAAGAGGCUUAAAUUGGCAUCUGUAGAAACAAUCGCGCUUGAACAGCUGAUACAGAGCACAACAUCAAGGGAAACAGAAGAAGAAAUGGAUGAUAAUUUAGAGACCAAGGGGAAUUGGCUUCCUGAUGACUUGCUUUUUGAGGUUUUUCUUCUACUUCCAGCUGAAACUCUCUGCAAACUGCGUUGCGUAUGCAAGUCACUUCUCAACAUGAUCAACAGUCUGGGUUUUAUUGAAGAUCACUUUCGUCAAUCUGAGAGAGUUCUAAUUGCUGAAAAUUCCUUUCACAAGGAAAACAUACGGUCGCCUUUUCCACUGCCUUCAGAUAAGAAGAAUGAACUUUAUUUCCAUUUCUGGGAUAUCCAUAGCGGCAAAGGCCAUAAAGUUUGUAUGCCAGAUACUUUGGGGAACAUAAAGUGCAUUUUGGCUGCCUGCAAUGGUUUGGUCCUUGCCAAGAUUGCGAAAAAUGGAGGUCUAGUUGUUAUGAAUCCAAGUACACGGAACCACGUUAGAAUGCCUCUUGGUACGAUUGGCUUCGUGCAGGAGUGCUAUGCCUUCAUGUUCAGCCAUUUCACAGGUUCUUAUAAAGUAGUACACUUAUUCCGCGGUAACUCUAGAAACAUUCGCUGUGAGAUCCUGAACCUCACAACAAGAUCGUGGCAUGCAGUGGAUGGACCUAAAUCAGGAGAAUUUGGAUUGAUCACAACUCAUAGAUCUGUUUCAGCAAUUGGUGCUUUGUAUUGGCUUCCACAGAUUGAUGGCUGUAACCAUGUUGUCUCCUUGGGAUUUCAUGAUGAGAAAUUCCUAACUGUACCUCUACCAAUCAGCAGCACGAAAAACGAUCGACUCCUUGAAAUUGGAGGGUCCCUGAGCUUCAUAACUCAUGCCACAUUGAAUUUGAUUCAGGUAUGGAUACUGAAGAAUGGGAAUUGGUUAAAGAGGUAUAGUAUCAACAGGUUAUAUGAUAUCACAGGAUUUAUUCCCCUUUGCGCGUCGACUAAGGAGAUAUUUUUCCAGAGAGAAGAAGGAUACCCUUUGUUACAUAUUUACAACUUUGAAGCUGAAGAAAUGCAGGAGAUCAAUUUUAAAGGCACCAACAGAGUUGGAGAUCUUUAUAUGCCUCAUGUAAAGUCCCUUGUUUCAUGGGAUAAUCCUCAACUUCAAUGAGAUGUGUAAUAUAUGGCAUUAAAACUUUGAAGUUAAUAUUAUGGUUAUGCAAUAAGAAACUUAAAUAUGUAAAGUUAAAGAGAUUAAAUGAACUUAACAUGUG